AUGUGUGGAAUUAUAGCUUUAGUCUGUUCAGAUCCGGAAGUUAACUGUGCAUCGGAGCUUUAUGAUGGCUGCCUUUAUCUUCAGCACAGGGGUCAGGAUGCUGCGGGUAUUGUGACGUGUGGUGAUGGUGGACGUCUUUAUCAAUGUAAAGGCAAUGGCAUGGCAAGAGAUGUUUUCACUAAAUCAAGAAUGAUGAAACUGGUGGGAAAUAUGGGUAUCGCUCAUUUACGUUAUCCAACGGCAGGUAGCAGCUCUAAUUCCGAGGCGCAGCCAUUUUAUGUUAAUGCCCCUUACGGUAUUUCGUUGGGUCACAAUGGAAAUUUGACCAACGGUGAGGAGUUAAAAAAGUAUAUGGAUGAGGUUGUUCAUAGACAUAUUAACACCGAUUCGGACUCUGAGUUGUUGCUUAAUUUAUUUGCUGCAGAGCUCGCAACUUAUGAUAAAUCUCGUGUUAACAACAACGAUAUUUUCAAAGCUCUUUCUGGCGUUUAUCAGAAAGUUCGUGGCGCUUACGCAUGCGUUGCUAUGUUGGCAGGCUAUGGUGUAAUUGGCUUUAGGGAUCCUCAUGGAAUCAGACCUUUGGUUAUUGGCGAAAGACUCAAGUCUGAUGGUACGAGAGAUUACAUGAUUGCUUCUGAGUCAGUGGUCUUGAAAGCCCACGACUUUAGGGUUUAUCGUGACAUAAUGCCAGGUGAAGCCGUUGUCAUUCCAAAACAAACCAUGAUUCCAGAAUUUAGGCAAGUCACACCAAUGCAAUCAUACACUCCGGACAUUUUCGAGUAUGUUUACUUUGCCCGUCCUGAUUCUGUUUUGGAUGGGGUGUCGGUUUAUCGUGCAAGAUUGGAGAUGGGUACCAAACUUGCGCAACACAUUGAAGCCAGCUUCAGGAAACAGAAUAUGGAUGUACAUAAGGAAGUGGAUGUUGUUAUUCCUGUUCCUGACACGUCAAGACAUGCCGCAUUACAAUGCGCUGUUACUUUAGGGUUACCUUACAGGGAAGGCUUUGUGAAGAAUAGAUACGUUGGGCGUACCUUCAUUAUGCCUGAUCAGAAACAAAGACAAUCGUCUGUCAGAAGAAAGUUGAAUGCAAUGCCAUCCGAGUUUUAUGGGAAAUCUGUUCUAUUGGUGGAUGAUUCUAUAGUUAGAGGAACCACAUCGAAGGAGAUUGUUUCUAUGGCCAGAGAAUCAGGAGCUAAAAAGGUUUAUUUUGCAUCUUGUGCUCCAGUCAUCAGAUAUAAUCAUAUAUACGGAAUCGAUUUGGCAGAUAACAAACAGCUUGUCGGAUUCGGAAAGACAGAGGAACAAAUAUCGCAGGUUCUUGGCGCUGAUAAGGUUUUCUACCAAAAGCUCGAAGAUUUGGAGGAGUGUUGCAAAAGAGAUAACGAAAUCAAGGAUCAGGAAAUGCGUUUGGCAUUGACUCCUGUCAUUUCUGAUAAUGAUGAAAACAUGAAGUCAUAUAUAAAGUCCUUGGACCCAAUGCCUGAGUUUGAUGGCUUUGAGGCCGGUGUCUUUACUGGAAAAUACGUUACCGGCGAUGAAACCGCUUACCUGAAUUAUGCAGAAAAAUCUCGAGCCCGCAACGAACAGCUAAAGCAGGUCCAAGCUAAACUAUCAAACUUGAAGAUGCUUGAUUUAGCCGAACUCAAAGCGCCAUCAGAAAUCAACAUAUACAAUAGUGGUGAUUAUUGA